UUUUGCAGCUCAAUUUCGAUUCCAGCAGCGUCACGCACGGACGUGUUAUCGCGCGUCGCGUAUUUUACGUGUUUUACGUACGCGUGUUUCUCGCAGCAAAAGCAACACACGCGUGUGGCUCAUCGUGAACGGGUAGGGUGGGUUGACAAAAAUUUUACUAGCCCUAGCAGGCGAUGAAUACAGCAACAAAAAAGGAGUGUAGCUCCGUGAUGUGAAUUGUUUAAGUGGAAAAAAAACUACUCAACACCUGGGAUAUCUAGUAGGCAUAGAAGAGUGCAUCAGCAGUGAACACAUCCGUCAGUUGUGUGUCAUAGUAAAAUAAUCGAAAAUAAAAUAAUCAUAAUCCGGUGCGAAACGAAAUACAAACACCAGAUAAAAGAUCGCACAUCGAAAGUGUAGUGAGUGUAUUAAAAGGGGUGAUAUAGUGGAUGCAACGAUCGAAUACAAACGCAUAGCAACUGCAUGGCACAAAUCGUGGUGGAGUUACGCACCGAGUGAAUGAAUACAAACGUCCGCCACAGCGCAAGGAUACGGAUUACACGACCACGGGCUGUGGUGACUCAUACGGUACACGUGGAUUCUUCAGAAACCGAAACCCCUUCUCCCAGUUCCCGUUCACCGAAUAGAAGUGCACGGAAGUCCUUUUGCCGUGGGGAGAAGUAGCUCAAGAACGAACCUGAUACAAGUACCGAGUGACCCAGUGGUGCAACCAAUUUGGUAGUGAAAAAUUUAUUUCAUUUCGUGUGUGUGUUCCGAAUUUCUCGAUUCAGUUUAUCCACCGCUACCAACCCGAAACGAGUGCGUGCCAGAUCCGGUAAGGUUAGUGGUUUUCCGUGGCUGGAAGGAGAAAAAAAAUCCACACUGCAACGGUAUGUGAAAUUGGUGCUAGUUUUUCACGUUUUCUUCUCCUAGCUGGGUGGGAGGGGAAAAACCAACCCGUGGGUCCCCUUCACGAAACGUGCGUGCGUGUGUGUGUGUAAUGUAUGGAGCAAAGUGAUUUAUUCAUUGGCCGGAAGGUGAAAGUGUGUCCUGAUCGGUGCGAUCGGUGAUUUUUUGUUUCGUGGUGCCCUGGGUUUUGCUUUCGUUUUAUUUUCACGUGUCGUGUUUUCUGUUCGAUUUGAUUUUCCUGUUUUUUUUUGGGGGCAUCGCUGGUACAUACACACAUAUGUUGUGUAUGCGGGCAGCAGAGCACACACGCUGGUGAUACCAGGAGCCAGUUGAAUGAAGCAGUCGAAGAUUGAGACGUACGUGCCACACGUCAAUGUGUUUCUCCUAGUGAGUGUAUGUGCCUGCUGGUGAGGGUUUGCCGGUUGGUUCUAUCUCCACGGAAUCCUGAAUGCGAGUAAAAGCUGUGUAAUGUUACGAAGGAAAGCGCCGAGUGUAAGUGGCAAGAAGUGAAAGGUGAAAAGUUAUUGGAUUAUCACGUUUAGCUGCAGUGGAAAGUGAAGUGUGUGUUUGUUGCCCAUUUUAUUGCCGUCUGUUUCGUCGAUGCUAGCGGAAAACUGAGAGUGUCGGUUGUGGAGUUUGCACAGAGGAAGCAGCAGGAACUUGGAUUUUGGGCGAAUCGAACGUAGCUGGAAACAACGAUUAGUUUGGCAGUUGGUGGUUGAAAGAUCCAGCCCCAUUCUCUUCGACAGUUCGGCCGUUCGGCUGAGAAACGCGCUAGUUUAAAAAGGACGAGCUAUCUGGCGGCAGCCGAGAACGAACGUCGAGAGCCGCUGCUUCAAGCGCAACAAUUGCACCGACCGAACCGAUCUCAUCGCGCCGAAGAAGUACCACCCCCUGUGAAGCAUAAACCUAGUGGCAGGAUAUAAAAAGUGCCCUCGAAAGGAAUUCCUAUAGAGCUCUCCACGGUACAGAGAAAAGGUGGUCGGGCUGCUGCGAACGAUGAGAACGAAAAACAUGUUGCCAUUGGCAGAGCAGCAGCACCACUGGGAAAUAGAACAGCAGUACCGCCACCAUCGCCAUUGUGUGUUUGUGUAGGACGUGUCGUCGUAGCCCACGGUGAAAAAAGGGCUAGCUUUUCUAAGAAGCUAGCUGGAGUUCGGACUAGAUACGGACCCGUUGCCCGCGCGAUGCACAAACUGACGUGAGGUUUGCAGCUGAAUAAAUAGAAGGCAAACACAAUUUCAAUGAUAAUCAUCAUCUGAUAGUGGAAAUAAUCGCAAGCAAUUUCGACACCGUCGCUACCAGCUGUGGUGCCGGCCGGUUGGGAACAAAUUCUAAGGCACACCGGCACCGGAUCCGGUCCGUUUCGUUUGGUGGAUCUUUUGGGACACACUCACCACUACGCUCUAUGUGUGUGUGUGCUCCGAGCGCAGUGGAAUAAAAAGCGCCCCCGGAUAGCGUAGUGUUGGGUGGAAGAAGUCGUGCGGACGCGUAGUGUAGUGUGACAGAUCUCAAAAUGUGUACUGGCAGGACGAAAAUGUGUGAGCGGAGGACUGGUGAGCGUGACACAGUGCCACUUUGCACCAAAGCUCGGCAAACGGGUCGACGAAGGACCGGCUGGUAUGGUGUGAUGUUGGUGCUGCUGGUAGUGCAAAUGCAGCUCGGCAUAGCCUUGGGGACGGAAGAGUCCGACUUUACGAAGCAGUGCAGCAACUGCAAGUGUAGCUGGAAGAGUGGUCGUAAGAGUGCGGACUGUACGAACCAGCGGUUACCCGCGGUGCCGAAUGAGUUGAGCAACGAGCUGCAGAUCCUCGACCUGUCGCACAAUCAAAUUGACGAACUGCCAUCGAAGACGUUCGAAUCGUCGCAGCAGACAAACCUGCAGAAGCUGUACCUACGCCACAACGGUAUGAAGCGGGUCGACCGGGACGCGUUCCGCAACCUGACCAUCCUGAUCGAGCUCGAUCUAGCGAACAACAAUUUGACCGCGCUCGAGGCAGGCGUGUUUGACGAUCUUACCAAGAUACGCGUUAUCAUACUGAACAACAAUCAGAUCGAGCGAAUCGAUAAAAGCUUGUUCAACGGACUGCAGUACUUAACGAAGGUGCAUCUGAGGAGCAACCGGUUGGUGCGGAUAGCACUGAACAGCUUCAUCAAUGUGCCGAACCUCUCCCAGAUCGAGCUGGACUACAACGAGCUGCAGGCGCUACGGAAGGAAUCCUUCUCGGGCCUUGAAAAGCUGACGAGUCUAUCGCUCACGAACAAUCCGUGGAACUGUAGCUGUACAUUGCGCAGCUUUGCGGAGUACGUGUUGGCGAAGAAUCUGUACACCUCGCCGACGGCUUGCAGCGUACCGAAAGCGCUCGCCGGACGCCAGUGGAACGAGAUCGAGCUGGAUGACUUUGCCUGCCCGCCGAGCAUCAUCGAGAACCGGAUGCAGUUUCCGGGGGUGGGCGAAAAUGCCACGUUCAUCUGCAAGGUGACCGGACUGCCGUUGCCCAAAAUCGAUUGGUUGUUCCAGAAGCGAUCGUUCUCACGGCACGACCAGCGGUUACGCGUUACCGAGGCUGUACGGACGAAUGCGCGCGAUCAGAGCGAGGUGUUGGUGUCGGAGCUAACCAUCGUUGGCGUGCGUCCGUCGGAUCGAGGCACGUACGUGUGCAAAGCGACCAACCGGGGUGGAAUCGAUGAGAGUGAGCAAUUUUUCGAUCUUAAAGCGGAUCCACAUCCAAUCACCUCGGCGACACGCUCCAGGGACAUCCUAACGAUUGUGGCGAUCGUUUUCGGGAUCAUACUGGGGAUAGUGGUGGUUGCGUGGCUACUGUUCUACUUCAUCUGCUGCAAAAAGCGCGGGUUUAAGAAAAAUUCUACGAUGAGCGAAAAUGGACUGAUGAGCACAAAGAUGAUGGACAAGUCGCAGAAUGAUUCGAUCCUGGGCAGUGGGUCGGUUAUUGGGGAGAUGCAAAAGAGUCUGCUGACGGAGGUGAAUCCGGUGGAGAAGCCACCGCGGCGCGUUGAUAUUGACGCAGGCGAGAAGGGACCGGGAAGCGGUGGCCAGAGUGGCGCCGGCGGGGACUACGACGAGAAACACGAAGCCAAACGGACGCUGCUGGAAGAGACUGGUUUUGUCGCCCAGGAUGAGGAAACAGCUUCGGUGGCGCUGUCGGACACGAACCCGCGCUCUCGCGCCACCUUCGUAGAUGACGGCUGCGGGACCAAUCUGCCGCCGGACCUGCUAGCAUUCCCGGCCCGCUUCCCCCAGUCGCCCUCGAUACAGAGCUCAAUGUCGAACAUUCACGAUGGGCGCAUCUACGGUAAAUCGCCGCUGGCCAGCCCGAUCUAUCAGUCCGGGCCGGGCACCAGCCUGGGUGGGGCCGGAUCGGCCCAGAUGCCGGCCGGCUUCCGCACGCUGCAGCACCCGAAAACGGGCCGCACGAUAGCGAUCGCGGCGGCCCGCUCCAACUCACCGUUCACGCCGGCUCCGCUGAUCUAUCCGCCGGUGGCGCUAAAGCACCAGGGCUACGUGACAAUCCCGCGCAAACAGCGUACGCCCAGCUGGACACCGUCCAUGAGUUCGGCGGUGACGGCGGAACUGCUGCCGGCCGGUGGCGGCCAUAGUGGAGCAACCAGUCCCACCUCUCCCAUCGACAUGUCGCUCAGUGUGUGCGAACCGGUAUACGACAACCUGGGGCUUCGGACGACCGCCUCCGGCAAUUCGACGCUCAAGCUAAACAAGACGGCCCACCGGGGGUCUCCGCUUGGGUCGACCGCAGCCGGUACCGCCCUCACGUCGACCCCGCUGGCAAAGUACAGCAUGAAGGACCGACCGUUGCCGGCCACUCCCGGUGGUCAGACGGCCACAACGCCGAACGCCACAAUGUUGGGUCACGGCGGUGGCAACUACGAGGCUAUACCGGAGGCAGUGCCGUACGCGGGACAAUCAACGGCCGCUAGCUUAAGCGGGUUUGACCUGGACCAGUCCUCCAUCUACGGUCCGGUGAUGACGUCGAAUCGGAGCAAAAUUCCGCCCAGGCCACCGCCCAAACCGAAGAAGAAACCAGCGUCGGUGGUAGGCAUCGCGACGACCGGUGACGACCACCGCUCAGCUCCGAGUGGCCAGGUUCCGAGCAGCAGUACCAACACCAGCACUAGCCCGCUGGUGGCCGAAGAAGGUGACGACGGUACGGAGGUCUAGGUGUGGGAGCCGAGGCUCACCUUUCCGCCACGGGACCAACUCGCUCGCUCGCCCGUGCAACGCCCAACCGGGACACGCGUAGGCCUGUGUUAGUACGGUAGUGUGUGAGUAUGAAACCAUAAUUUAAUUCUAGCAUUAGAAAGAUCGACCACCCCUCGGUCCGUCUGUGUCGCUCUCCAGACCCGCAUAAUGUUCACCAAACUUAACGAUCGAAUCGAGUGAUUGAAGGGGUUGAAGUUGUUGCACAGACGGACGGGACUGAUGGGUGGCGAAUAGGUGCAACGCACAGUAAAACAGUAGUUUAAACGAACUAUGUUAAGAGAAGAUAACGACGAACCCGGAUCCGUACGCGCAUGGAGCAGUAGGCCUGGAUGUGCGUUUGACAAAUUGAAACGGAAAUAGCUUUAGCGAGUCAAGUAAGGUGUAAAGUUUUAUUCGCGAUCGUGUUAAGUAAUGGAUAGAGCAUUUUUCAUGGUAAAGAGUUGGCAGGCUAAGAGAUACGGAGUGUGUGGUGUAGACUAAUGGAUCCGCGGGAUAACGAAAUCAUUUUCCAUUAUACGGACUCGUUUAGGGAUAUUAUUAUUAUUUUUCUUACAUUUUUAUCGCCCUUUAUGAUAAGGUUCUCACUCUCAAUGCGUAUUAAUUUUAGUAAGUGAUUGUCUCUUAGUACGCUGAAAGUACUGCGUUAGAAUGUUUAUCUGUUAAUGUCACGCCAACUGUCGUUUAAGGAAAUGGUACGACGUCACGCGUUUACGGUUUAGUUUUUUAAAUCUAACUAGAGCAAGCGAACAGGUGAUUCCACACACACACACACAUUGAGAAUAGAACACAGACACAUACACAUAGUAGACAGAACAUUACGUUAGCUAGGAUAAGUUUGUUGGAUUGUCCGGGAGUUUUGAGGAUUUCAAGCCGAAUGAAUUUUGGAGGCUGUUAGCGUAGAAUUCGAAGCGCGGGUGUAGCAUAUGACCAGAUGACCAUUCCCACUCAACGGGAGAAACGAGCGGAGGAGAGCGAAAAGGAGCAGCAAAUGGCGCACAGGACAUACAUAACGAUCGUGGUAACGAUCGUUCACACAUGCACACAUUUUUCUCCUAGGGAGUAACAUUUUUGAAAACACCGGUUUUGGGGGGCAGUUCUGUACGGUCCGUUGUUUGGCAAGUAUAAAUAAAAACAAAUGUCCAUAAUCCAGCCGGAUUAUGAUUAUUUACCCAUGGUACAUGUUUUGCCCUAACUCAUCACCACUUGCACCAUGCUGUGCUGGUUGUGUUCGGGGCCUUGUUUUUCCUCUAUCUCGGUAAAAUACCAACCGAGCGAGGGUCACGUGUCGAGGAAUAAUUAGAAUAAAUGAGCUGGAAAGGAGAACUCGUGUUUCAAAGAGUUUCACCAAUAUUAUGUUUGCUUCCGCCUUCCGCUGUUUAUUAUUCCACCAGCUGUUAAAGCGACACUAACGAACCAUUGCUGUCGACCGUCACCGUGCACUGCACUAUCCUCGGUAUGGAAUAGCGAAAACGGGAAGCAAAAAUUGCACAACAAAAAACGAACCACUCGGUCACUUGCUAAAGGGAACCGAUUCUCUAAAACCCGGUGAGCGCUAGCGGCCGUUGCUUAAUCCGGGCAAUGAGUAGUUGCGCCUCCUGUCGAACAGACGUGCCGCGCGGAACAGUUUUUGCUCUUGAUUUUAAUUACGUGAUUACUCGCUGCACUUUAGACAACCGGGUUUUGCCUUCCCACGGUACGAGUUUUCCCUUCCCCUUUCUCAUUUCUCUCCCGUACUAUGUGCGCCGGGAUGUGUAGCCGCAUGGUGUGAUAAUGUUUAAAAUAAAUCUUUCCAUUACCAUCCGUAGAACCCGCUCACCGGUUGCUUGCCGAGUGUGGCUGGACGGGGAGGCAGUGAAAUAAGACAACAACAAAAAAACCUUGUGCAACAAAAUUUUCAACGCUCCAUUUUCCACAUUUCCCUUUUUUUUGCUUGAAAAGCUUCCUGCGCUAGCUGUGCUACUUUUACACUCUCUUUCACGCGUUUCUCGAGUGUGUCAUCUGUGUCCGUUUUUCUGUCUGUGCUGGGAAAUCCUUACCGUUUUAAUUUCCGAAAACGAAACACACUAAAUAACAGUGCCAAUUGACUGAGCAAGCUUAAAGAGAGAGAGAGAGAGAGAGAGAGAGAGAGAAAGAAACGGACAAAAAAAUGAAGAAACGAACUAGCGAACUAGGAAAACCUCUUCAUUAUGGAAGAGCAAUAAUUGCGAAAGGAAAAAAAAAACAGGCACUAAAGUUAGGACAAAUUUAAUUAGGGGUACGGCAAUCCGCAACUCGAGACAUCGGCAGGAUCGGUUCGCAGGCGACACAAACGGACGACGCCAAAUAGGUGUCCGCGAUGGAAUAUGAUGUGAUGUGUUUGUUUGCGCUGAAGAGGAUGCUCCGUGUAACCGUUCUCAGUGGAACGGCCCUAAAGAUCAUCCCUCGGUUCAUCCUUGAACGGUUAAAGAAAAAAACGGUUCAUUGAAACGAGAUCGUCCGGUUCUGCAAAAACAAAAAAAAACACGACAAAGAUACGGCCUCGUUUUACGAUAAGCUUGCACAAUAAGAGACUAAAACAAAUCGAACGAUUCUUUUCUGCUGGCGGUGUGAUAAAUCCCCACAUUAUACGACACUCGUUACGUAUCGCAUCCCAACAGCAUCGACCAUCGCGUGUAUCGAAGCGGUCAUAUUUUUCUUGCCCUUUUCUAUAGUUUAUCAUACAUUUCGCGAUUAUUUCAUCGGUCACGUGCCUUCCAAUGCCGAUGUGCGCCAGCUAGCAUCAAACACAAACAGUACGGAGAAGCACAUCUGAUUUUGUAGAUAGUUUUACAGCCGGCUUAAAUUGUUAGAUACGUCCCGGGAACCUGCAUCUUAAUUUCAUUUCAGUAAGCUUCCACACAAACAAACUUCGAAUAGAGCUAUGGCGGCGGGAGAUGUAGUUAGUGUUCCGUAGCGCACGUGUCGCCAAUAAAGUGUAUACAGUGGACAGUAAUUUAAUAUAUACAGCAUUUUCCCUUCUAUUUUACUA